UACUGGUACACUUUUUUAACUGUAGAUCUAUUUCAUCUCAACAAUCAUAAUGUCACUCAAUGCCUUACGCCGACCUUUCUCAAGGCUUUUUUUACAACAGCGCUCUUUAUACACGACAGAAGCUGUUAGCAAAGUUCAAAAUGGGGAGACGACAAAUCAUGCAGCAUUAUUAGCCAACAAAUUCAUAACGCACGCCAAAUUCCAACGUCAGCAAGCAUACAUAGCUACGCCAUUUGUUUCUAUCCAGCAUAUUCCACCUACAGCCACUCUAGAAGAUAUUUAUAAAUUAGCAAGAGAAGCUUUUCCUGAAGGGGACAAAGCCGUCAAAGAAAUUAUCUUUUGUCGUAACCAAUAUUUCAAUUUAAAUGGGCGUUGUAUCGUAUCUAUGGCUAGUUCUGAAGACGCUACUCGAUUUAUUCAUUAUGGUAAUAAUCGCACGUUAGGAGGUAGCAUACUGAAAAUGAACUAUACAAAGGACGUGACAAAUGAUUUUCGUCGCCCAGAACUGACAUCUAUAACAGACUCAACAAAUUUUUCUGGUCGAUCAGUAGUUAUAACGGGAUUUCCGAAAACAGCCUCCGGAGGAACUGUUUUAGGGCAUUUGCGUGCGAGAAACUUUUUCCCUAUUGAAGGAAUAGAAGAUAAUAUAGUCCAGUUGAAGACGAACCCUCAAUCUAUGGUGUCGAAGUUUUUGAUCAAAUUUGGAUCUGAAAGCGAAGCAUGGCGUUGUGUACGAACUUUCCAUAAUACAUACUUCUUAUUGAGAGAUAAGGAUUUAAAACUAAAGCUUCAUGUCAAUGUAGCUUAUUAGAAUAAAUCAAACAUUAUAGAAUAACUUGAACACACAAGAAG